AUGGCUUCUAGGCUAGCUGUGAGAAUCAAGCUGAUAACGGCCAUGUUGGGUCGUGUAACUGGACUUCAACCAUCUCCCAACUGGUCUGAAAAUGGCCACGUUAUGGGCCAUGGCGUGGGCCGAGAUCAAUGGCUGAGAGUGGUGCUGGGACCGAUCAAUGAAGAUCGAUUGAAAGGGGCUCUCAAGUUUGCAAAUGCAUGUGGGGCAUUGACUGUGAUGGAGAGGGGAGCUAUUCCUGCAUUACUGACUAGAAAGGCCGUGCUUGAUGCCUUGCUUCAGCUUGCUGCAUAUAGCACUCAGUUGCUAGACAGGUGGUGCUUGAUAACUUGCUUGAGCUUGCUGCAUAGAUCUAAAGACAUAGUCUCCCUUCACAAGGUAGUAGUUGAAACGUUCCUAAUGUUUAAUGAUGCAAGCCAAUGCAAUUUGGGGAUUGCAAGCAUGCAAAAUGCAGGCCAUCUCAAUUACCUCUCAGAGACAGGCAACGAAGAGACAGAACUUAGCUGUUCUGAGGGAGAUGAUUCAUCAUGGAUCUCUUGGUUCUAUGGCUUGAGACGAAAUGAGCUCCUUUGUGAAGUUGAUGAGGAUUAUAUACAAGAUGACUUCAAUUUAUGUGGACUGCAAGGACAGUGUCAAUUGAUUUCUUUGCAUUCUUUGCAAUUGCCAAUGUAUAAUUUUACAUCACAAGUGUUGAAUGAACAUCUGGCUAUGGGGAAGGUGGAUGAGUUGCAUCCUGACUUGACAGUAGACACGCUUGGAAUCUUGCAUCCUGCAAACAAAUUAAUUCAUCAACUUCCAAUGGUAAAACUUCAGCCUGCUGCCACUUCCCUUGAACCACCCACUUAUUUUGCACAAGUUGUGACAAUGUGUUUGUUACAGCAGGAGUUUGAAGAUGUGUUUGAGUCGAUUCCUGGAUUACCUCCUCAGCGUGAGAUUGAUUUUGCUAUCGAUCUUAUGCCUGGUGCGGCGCCCAUUUCUUUACCCACCUAUCGGAUGCCUCCGAGUGAAAUGGAGGAGUUGAGGAAGCAGAUAGAUGGUUUGCUAGAAUUGGGUUUUAUUCGGCCCAGUGUGUCUCCUUGGGGAGCGCCUGUUUUGUUUGUGAAGAAGAAGGAUGGUUCCUUGCGAUUGUGUAUUGAUUAUCGCAGGUUGAAUCUGGUAACUGUGAAGAAUAAGUACCCUUUGCCCAGGAUUGAUGAUCUGUUUGAUCAGUUGAAGGGGGCACGGUACUUCUCGAAGGUUGAUCUGCAGUCAGGGUAUCAUCAGUUGCGCGUCAAGGAUGGAGACGUGCAGAAGACCGCUUUUAGGACCAGCUUCGGUCAUUAUGAGUUCCUUGUGAUGUCGUUCGGUCUGACGAACGCACCGGCCGUGUUCAUGGAUCUGAUGAACAGGGUAUUUCGGCCAUUCCUGUUUCGAUUCGUCAUUGUAUUUAUUGAUGACAUUUUGAUUUAUUCGACGAGCCGGGCAGAGCACGAGGAGCACUUAAGAGCGGUUUUGGGUACUCUUAGGGAGCAUCAGCUUUUCGCACAGUUCAAGAAGUGUGAUUUCUGGAAAGAGGAAGUCAAGUUCCUGGGACAUGUGGUGUCCAAGGACGGGAUAGCCGUCGACCUUGCCAAGGUAGCUGCAGUGCAGGACUGGAAGCAGCCUGGUUCAGUUACUGAGGUGAGGAGCUUUCUUGGCCUUGCAGGCUACUAUCGACGCUUUAUUCAGGACUUCUCGAAGAUUGCCAGACCGUUGUCGCAGCUGACACGGAAGGAUUUGAAGUUUGCUUGGAGUGAGCAGGCGGAGUUAGCUUUUCAGGAGCUGAAGGACAAGUUGACGUCCGCCCCUGUGCUAGUAUUGCCAGAGCAAGGGGUUAAGUAUAUUAUAUAUACUGACGCCUCUCGCGUUGGUCUGGGUUGUGUCCUUAUGCAAAAGGACAGGGUGAUUGCUUAUGCUUCGCGUCAGUUAAGGAAACACGAAGAGAAUUACCCUACGCACGACCUGGAAUUGGCAGCUGUCAUCUUCGCAUUAAAGCUUUGGAGACAUUACCUCUAUGGUGAGGAGUUCGAGCUCUUUUGCGACCACAAGAGCCUUAAGUAUAUAUUCACGCAGCGUGAUUUGAAUAUGGAGGAGUGGAUGGAAACAUUGAAGGACUUCAAGUUCGAUGUUUCUUACCAUCCUGGUAAGGCGAACCUUGUGGCAGAUGCGUUGAGUCGCAAGAUGUAUCAGGAUAUGAAGAGGUCUUAUUGGUGGGACAAUAUGAAGGUCCAGAUUGCUGAAUUUGUUUCUCGUUGUCUCACGUGCCAGCAGGUCAAGGCAGAGCAUCGUCGACCUCCUGGGUUGUUGCAGCCCAUGCCCAUAGCUGAAUGGAAGUGGGAUUUCAUCUCUAUGGAUUUUAUUUCUGGGUUGCCGAGGACGAGAAAGGGAUUUGACUCUAUUUGGGUGAUCGUCGAUCGAUUAACGAAGUCGGCGCAUUUCUUACCGAUCAGAGUCACUUACUCUGCAGACGAGUUGGCUAGGUUGUAUAUCAAGGAGAUAGUGCGUCUGCAUGGAGUUCCCCUGGAGAUUGUAGAAGCGCAGAGUAGGCAAAAGAGUUAUGCUGAUACGAGGCGUCGACCGCUUGAGUUUGAGGUUGGAGACCAUAUGUUUCUGAAGGUCUCUCCUAUGAAGGGAGUUCUGCAGUUCGGUAAGAAGGAGAAGCUGACGCUAAGAUUUAUUGGUCCAUUUCAAGUUCUGGAUUGAGUGGGAGCGGUAGCAUAACGCCUUGCUUUGCCCACACCUCUUGCGGGCGUGCAUAACGUAUUUCAUGUUUCUAUGCUGAAGAAGUACGUUCCUGAUCCUUCGCAUAUUAUCAGUUGGGAGCAAGUGCAGUUGAGUGAGGAUGCCACUUAUGUACUGCGACCGACGCGUAUUCUCGACAGGAAGGAGCAGGUACUGCGUAGCAAGGUUAUCCCUCUCGUGAAGGUGCUAUGGACGCAUCAUGGCGUAGAAGAGGCUACUUGGGAAUCUGAAGCUGAGGUAAGACCUACCAUCUGA